AGGCAAGCAGCGCCAGCCCGAGCGCGGAUCCAAACGCACACCAAUACACGCUAACACCGACGGGAUAACUUGUCCGGUCCGGCAAUUCAAGGUGCCGCCGUUUCAUUCACUGCGUGCUGUGAUUCACUGCAGAACUUCUCGUGCCUUUUUUUUUUCUUCUCUCUUCCCUACUAUCGAGCUGACACUGCCGGGGGGCGCUACGCGCACUCUUUGCUUUUCCUGUCGAUUGGUGUGCGGCUGCCUCACUAUUUUGUUUUCGUUUUUCAUAGACCAGCACUUCUUCUUCCUAAUAUCUCGUUAUUUUUGUUGUUGUUGUUGUGAGCAGAUGUUCACUCUCCUCUGCUGCGCGGACCUGCGCGGAGAGAAGGUCAACCUGGAAGUCACUCUCGAGAGUCCUCCCGUUUCCUUGCAAGACCUCGCCGCCUCCCUAACGCCCGUCUUUGCCAGGGAAGAGGUCGCGAUGCUCGCCCGUCAAGGCUACGCCGCCUCCGCGCCCACGUUCCAAAUCGCAAACGUCUUCCUCUACGAUGACGUGCUGCUGCACUGGACGAAACUGAAGUCCAUCACGCAGCUCCACGAGUACGACCAGCUGUACGUCUUCCAACCACAAACGCAGCGACACCGCGACACGCAGCAGGACCUGCCGCCCCCACGGCCGCCCGUGCAGGGUCGCGCAGCAUCGGUUGCUGGUGCCGGCGGCGCUGCCCUCCCCAUCCCCGUUUCGUCCUACGUGGAUAACGAGCCUGCCCUCAGCGUGGGCCAGUCGUACGGUGGAAUCCCUCCAUCGGUCGACCUACACGGUAGUGCAAACGCCCAGCGUGCACCCGCCGACUUCGGCGCCUCUACCCUGUCCGAAGCACAACGGGUGGCCUCUCGGUCGCCGGUGCGCAGUCAGCUGGCGGAGCAGCGCCGCGAGGAGGAGCGCCUGUCGCAGCGGCUGUCGUCGGUGCGCAGCGAGCGAGCGCGCCUGGAGCGAGAGGCGAAGCGUGAGGAGGAGGAGGAGCGGCGUCGCCGUGGGGCAGAGCUGGACAAACUCCUGCGGCGCAAGGAGGAGGAAAUUUGGGCCCACCGAGAUGCCCUCGCCAAGGCAGAUGGCGAAUUUCAGCGCCUCCUGGCGGAGAAGCAGAAGUUGAUGGGCUCCGCUUCGUCUCCGUGA